CGCAUGCAGUUGCGGUCUUCCUCUUUCCAGCAACAAUUUCGUGAUUUCGCACGAAACUUUAAAUAAAGUCCGAAAAAAUGGUGGAAUUAACGCCCGCGGAGAAGAAAGCUCUGAUUACGCGCAACCUACAGGAGACGCUCGGCGAUGACAAGCUGACAAAGAUCCUCGGCGAGCGCGAUCUGAAGAUCUACUGGGGCACGGCCACCACGGGCAAGCCACAUGUUGCCUACUUUGUGCCCAUGUCGAAGAUUGCAGACUUCCUGAAGGCCGGUUGCGAGGUCACCAUCCUUUUUGCUGAUCUCCAUGCCUAUCUGGAUAACAUGAAGGCGCCGUGGUCCCUUCUGGAGCUGCGCACGCAAUACUACGAGCAGGUUAUCAAAGCCAUGCUCAGUUCCAUUGGCGUUCCCCUGGAGAAGCUGAAGUUUGUCAAGGGCAGCGACUAUCAGUUGUCCAAGGAGUACACCCUGGAUGUGUACAAGCUAAGUUCGGUGGUCACACAGCACGAUGCAAAGAAGGCCGGCGCCGAGGUGGUCAAGCAGGUGGAGUACCCGCUGCUCUCGGGAUUGCUUUACCCUGGUCUGCAGGCCCUGGAUGAGGAGUACCUCAAGGUGGACGCUCAGUUCGGCGGUGUGGAUCAGCGCAAGAUUUUCACCUUCUCAGAGAAGUACCUGCCUCAGUUGGGCUACGAGAAACGCAUCCAUUUCAUGAACCCCAUGGUUCCCGGUCUGGCUGGAGGAAAGAUGUCUUCUUCCGAGGAAGACUCCAAGAUCGAUCUGCUUGACUCGCCGGCCAAUGUAAAGAAGAAGCUGAAGAAGGCCUUCUGCGAGCCCGGAAACAUUGCCGACAAUGGACUUCUGUCCUUUGUGAAGCAUGUUCUUUUCUCGCUCUUCAAGGAAGGUGAAGGAUUUGAGGUGACGCGGGAGGCGGAGCAUGGCGGCAAUAUUACUUUCCUGAAGUACGACGAGCUGGAGAAGUACUAUGCGGAGGAUAAGCUGCAUCCUGGUGACCUUAAGGCAACCGUGGAGAAAUACAUCAACCGGCUACUGGAUCCUAUUCGUAAGGCCUUCGAAAAGCCUGAGCUGCAAAAACUUAGUGCUGCUGCUUAUCCGCCACCGGCAAAGGUCAAGGCUGGAGCAGCUGCCCCAGCGGCUGGCGGGGAUGAGGAUGCUCCCCAUCGCCUGGAUAUUCGUGUGGGCAAGGUUGUGGAGGUGGCACGUCAUCCCGACGCCGACACCUUGUAUGUGCUGAAAAUAGACUUGGCUGAGGAGCAGCCCCGCACAAUCAUCAGUGGCCUGGUGAAGUUUGUCACCCAGGAGGAGCUGGAGCAGCGCCUGGUGGCGGUUCUGUGCAACCUGAAGCCCUCCAAAAUGCGUGGCAUUCUGUCCGAGGGCAUGGUCUUGUGCACUUCCAAUGCUGAUCACACGGUUGUGGAGCCCAUUGUGCUGCCAGCAAAUGCUACUCCUGGCAGUCGGCUUGCCUUCGAAGGAUACAGCGGCACGCCCGACGAGCAGCUUAAUCCCAAGAAGAAGGUGUGGGAGAAGCUGUCCGUGGACUUUAAGACCAAUGGCGAUGGCCUGGCCGUGUGGAAGGAUAACUUCCUGUUGACCCCUGAGGGCGAGAAGCUGUCCAGCAAGCUGGCCAACUGCGCAAUUAAGUAGGCUUUCGAAUGCGCCAGUCAACCUGAGCCCGUGUAAUACUUACCACUAAGCCGAAUGUUCACAAAUGAAAACUAAUGCUAAUUUAUUGAUUCCUUGUAAAGAAAAUAUAUGCAUUUUUUAAAAACA